UAGCUUCCAUCUACAUGACUGCUAAGCACAAUAGGCAAAGAAUCUCACUUUGGACAUAGAGAUACCAACCAAACUUGGCAAGUUACGACUUAUUUGUGUAUUUAAUGACCUUUUACUUCAAGCGAGGCCGAGCUGUAUGUGUUCUUUAACUUUAUGGUACACGUGGCUCUCUUGUUUACAAUGUUAGCCGGAGCUAGCUAGCAGGCUCUCGUUCUUGUUUCGCAGUUUUAUGUUUGAAAAAAAGCCUUUAAGACAACACACAUCUUUAAUAUACAUGCUUACAAGUGUAUGGUGCCGAACAAAAAAAUAAUUAAAAGACGGUCUCUUGGCACCUUAUCAAUUAUAUCACCCGGUGACAAGAAGGUGUCAAUCAACAGCUAAAUCCAUCCAUUUACUACCGCUUGUCCCUUUUGGGUCGCGGGGGGUGCUGGAGCCUAUCUCAGCUGCAUUCGGGCGGAAGGCGGGGUACACCCUGGACAAGUCGCCACCUCAUCGCAGGGCCAACACAGAUAAGACAGACAACAUUCACACACUAGGGACCAUUUAGUGUUGCCAAUCAACCUAUCCCCAGGUGCAUGUCUUUGGAAGUGGGAGGAGUCUAUCCCCAGGUGCAUGUCUUUGGAGGUGGGAGGAAUCAUUAUCCGUUAAACGGACUUCGGAAAAUGGACGAUGUUCGAAGUGCGUUCCACGCCCAGCUGGCCGCGGUCAUGGACUCCCUGCUGGCAGCUGCUGUGUGCCAGAUCGCCAAGAUCUUUGAAAGCAGCCUGUGUGAGCAGCAGGUGGAGCUGGCGCACAAAACCCGGGAGAUCUCCAUCCUCCUCGGACGGCUGGACCAAGAGGAGAGGAAAGGCGGGGUGGCUGACGACACUUUGGACAACUCAACAGAAACAGGGAUGCACGCAGAGCCAGAUGAUGGAAACAACAUCAGUAUAAGUGAGCUCAAGACGGAGUUCAUACGUCACGAUGACCAGGAUUUAAUAAAUCACACGUCUCCACUGCGAGAUGUACCUCACCCACCCUUGGGGUCUUUCAUGGUCGAAGUCCCAGAGGGAAGUCCUGUCAUUGGAGACCAGAGGAAGACGGAUCCCCUGACUGGCUCACACAUCAAAGCCGAAUCGUCCCCCUGGUACCAGGAGAGGCCAUUGGCAGACCACCAACCACAACAGGAUCAAGCUUCACCCCCAUUCCGUUGCUCUCCACCACCUGACCCUAGUCUGGCCCAGCACAGGGACUGGUCAUCGGUUUUGGACGGCACUCGGAGUGAGGCAUGUGGUCUGGAUGGCUUGCCGACAAAUAGCUUCAGCUGCUCUUCUCCAGCUGGCGCCAGAACUACCACGGACACAACCAAGCUCCGAUCCAAUACCAACGCCAAAGAGGAUGGCCCUUUUGUGUUCCAUGAGAACCAGAAGUCGGCACAUCAGGGUCAACAGGAUCAGUCACAGGUUCUCUCUCAAUGGGGACGUAGUGGCGACAGGAUCGACCCAAUUAAUUCCAGCAGACAGUCCAAUUCCCAGUUGUUGAAAGCUGUACAAGCACACCCACUCAACUUCACCGCAGCUUCCACCGGAGGAAGCGGGCGACCGUACAACUGCCCGUACUGCACCAAAAGCUUCACCUACCCCUCCCAUCAUCGCAGACACCUGUUACGCCACAUGGGGGUCCGCCUGCACCCCUGUCAGCUCUGCGACAAGAGCUUCCUCACCCCCUCCGAGCUCACCAUCCACACUCGCACGCACACCGGCGAGCGGCCCUUCGGUUGCAUCCAGUGCGGCAAGCGCUUUGCCCGCAGCGGCAAUCUGAAAGCUCACCAACGAGACGUUCACAUGCGUAAAAGACCCUUCGCUUGUGCCAAGUGCGGAAAGAGGUUCGCCCACAGGGGGGACCUGAGGGUCCACAAUGACAGGAUGCACCAAGGGGAUCUGUUCUACACGGCAGAGCAACAGGAACCACACAUUGGCCCCAAUCCGACUUGAAGUCUUGAUGGUCACUUAGUAGUAUUGAUUGUCAAUACCCAACCACUGGUCUAUAAGUGCUAUAUUGACUGACACCAUCCAAGCGAUUUUCUUAUACUGAGAAUUGAGUCGUCUUAAUGUUUUCCUUGUGCUUCACUUCAAUUACAGUGGGGCAAAAAAGUAUUUAGUCAGCCACCGAUUGUGCAAGUUCUCCCACUUAAAAUGAUGAUAGAGGUCUGUAAUUUUCAUCAUAGGUACACUUCAACUGUGAGAGACAUAAUGUGAAAAAAAAUCCAGGAAUUCACAUUGUAGGAAUUUUAAAGAAUUUAUUGGUAAAUUAUGGUGGAAAAUAAGUAUUUGGUCACUUCAAACAGGACGACUGAUCCGUGUUAAGGAAAGAAUGAAUGGGGCCAUGUAUCGUGAGAUUUUAGGCCAAAACCUCCUUCCAUCAGUGAGAGCUUUGAAGAUGAAACGUGGCUGGGUCUUCCAGCAUGACAAUGAUCCCAAACACACCGCCCGGGCAACGAAGGAGUGGCUCCGUAAAAAGCAUUUGAAAGUCCUGGAGUGGCCUAGCCAGUCUCCAGACCUCAACCCCAUAGAAAAUCUGUGGAGGGAGUUGAAAGUCCGUGUCGCUCGGCGACAGCUCCAAAACAUCACUGCUCUCGAGAAGAUCUGCAUGGAGGAAUGGGCCAAAAUACCAGCUACUGUAUGUGCAAACCUGGUAAAGACCUAUAGUAAUCGUUUGACCUCUGUUAUUGCCAACAAAGGUUAUAUUACAAAGUAUUGAGUUGAAUUUUUGUUAUUGACCAAAUACUUAUUUUCCACCAUAAUUUACAAAUAAAUUAUUUAAAAAUCCUACAAUGUGAAUUCC